AUGUUCGCUUUUGCCAUCGCUUCCGCUGUCCUCGCUGCAACAGCCAGCGCCCUCCCUACCUUGUCGGCGCGCCAGAACCCCUGCAACGCUCUCGGCGCGGGCUCGACAGAUUCCCUGUCGUAUAACUUCACUAUUGCGGCUAUCGACAUGGACGCUCCGGAUAACAGUACCGGUGCCCCUCUCGCCCUGACUACUGGUCCCCCGGGAACGAGUGGCGAAGCAAGUACCUGGUGGAUAUCGACCAUCUCGGCGAGCUACCAGAGCGACUUUCCGACCUUCAGCCUCGUUGGAGGCGCGCUGAUCCCGAACCCUGGCCCUCACGAACAAGGGCUCGCCGUGUACGACAACGCGGUCAACCCCGGCUCGGAGCUUGAGUUCACGGUGACCCUGCCCUCGAGCGGGCUGUCCAACGAUGCCACCUACUGCGCUGUGUCGGACGCCAAUGGGUAUGCCACUAUCGCCGUCAACGAACGCACAGACAAAUUUGCGCUCUGUGAGGCGACAGGCAGCGCAUAUAUUGUGGUAUACGAACCCUCGACAACCAAUGACGGGCUGUACCAAGCAGAUACUUGUGCGCCUAAGCGGCUGCGUGCUGUGCGGGUGUAG